AUGGAAGUUACUGAUAUUCCGAUGUUUGGAAGAAAAUAUACAUGGAGUAAUUCCAUUGAUGGAGAUAGGUGGAGUAGGAUUGAUAGAUUUCUUCUCGAUCCUGAAUGGCUUGAGCUAUUUGAUUUUAAAGUUUGGGGUCUGCCUAGAAUCUUAUCUAAUCAUUGUCUAUUGUUACUUACGGAGGACCAAAGAGAUUGGGGUCCAAAGCCCUUUAAAUUCUUCAAUUGUUGGUCUUUACAUCCUGGUUUCUUAGCUUUGGUUAAAAAAACUUGGGUGGAGGCACAGGUUUUUGGGUGGGCAGGUUUUGUUGUUAAGACCAAAUUUCUCAUUCUCAAAUCAAAGCUGAAGAAGUGGAAUAUUGAGGUUUUUGGUAAUGUUGAGUCAAAAUUAAAAGUUGCUGAAGCAGAGCUUUAUUCUCUAGAUUUCGAGGCUGAGGGUAGGGAUCUGAAUGAUCAGGAAGUUAGUAAAAGAAGAAAUCUACUUGGAGAAGUAUGGAGAUUGAGAAAAAUAGGGAAGUGGGUAUGGCUUCAAAAAUCUAGAUUGAACUGGGCACUUAAGGGUGAUAAGAACACUAGGUUUUUUCAUGUAAUGGCGAAAACUAGACAAUGUAAGAAUAUGUUGGAUUGUAUUCAGGUUAAUGGAAGAGAUAUUAUGCAGCCCAAUGAGGUGGAAUUCACUAAAUUUGAAAUGUGGGUUGCUGUUAAAAGUUGUGAUGGGAAUAAAGCCCCAGGUCCCGAUGGGUUUAAUUUAACUUGCAUACAAAAAUGUUGGAGUGUAAUGAAGCAUGAUUUUAUGAAUUUCAUGAAGGAGUUUCACGAGAAUGUCUACAAAAUUUUGUCUAAGGUAUUAACAUUUAGAAUGAAGAAGGUGUUACCUGAGGUGAUUAGUGAGAAUCGGUCUGCAUUUUUAGGGGUUAGAAAUAUAAUGGAUAGGGUCCUCAUUGCAAAUGAGAUUGUGGAUUGGUGGAAGAAGACAAAAACCAAGGGUGUCAUUCUCAAGUUGGACUUUGAGAGGGCAUAUGACACUGUGAAUUGGGAAUAUUUGCUUGAUAUGCUUCAAAGAUUUGGAUUUGGUUCUAGAUGGAUUGGGUGGAUUGAAGCCUGUGUAACCUCUCAUAGCAUCUCGGUGUUGGUAAAUGGCUCUCCUACAGUUGAGUUUCAUCCUUAG